CCUGCAGGGUGUCCGGGUCACCCACUCAGCCCCAGACCCCGCAGGAAGUUCCACGGGAUGCUCCCGGGGCUGGCGGCCAUGGAGCUAAAGGUGUGGGUGGACGGCAUCCAGCGCGUGGUCUGCGGGGUCUCGGAGCAGACCACCUGCCAGGAAGUGGUCAUUGCCCUAGCCCAAGCCAUCGGUCAGACAGGCCGCUUUGUGCUGGUGCAGCGUCUCAGGGAGAAGGAGCGGCAGCUGCUGCCCCAGGAGUGUCCAGUGGGCGCCCAGGCCACCUGUGGGCAGUUUGCCAGUGAUGUCCAGUUUGUCCUGAGGAGGACAGGGCCCAGCCUAGCCGGGCGGCCCUCCUCCGACAGCUGCCCACCCCCUGAGCGUUGCCCAGUCCGCGCCAGCCUCCCUCCGAAGCCUCGACCAGCGCUGGGCCGUGAACCUCGCAAAACACUGACCUUCAGCCUGGGGGGCCCCAGGCUGGCCCCCAGCCUGGCGCCCCCUGAGCCUGUGGCCCCCGGAGCACCCACACCAGGCGGCUGCACAGACCUGCAGGGUCUGGAGCGGAGGGUGCAGAGCAACGCGGCCGAGCUGGGCCAGGAGGCCUUCUGGGAGCAGGAGUUGCGGCGGGAGCAGGCGCGGGAGCGGGAGGGGCAGGCGCGCCUGCAGGCUCUGAGCGCGGCCACCGCCGAGCACGCCGCCCGGCUGCAGGCCCUGGACGCCCAGGCCCGCGCCCUGGAGGCCGCGCUCCAUCUGGCCACAGAGGCCCCUGGGCCUCCCUCACCCGCGACAUCAGCCACAGAGCGGCUGAGGCAGGACCUGGCGGCCCAGGAGCGCCAGAGCGAGGAGGUGCAGGGCAGCCUGGCCUUGGUGAGCCGCGCACUGGAGGCAGCGGAGCGCGCCCUGCAGGCCCAGGCCCAGGAGCUUGAGGAGCUGAACCGGGAGCUCCGCCAGUGCAACCUGCAGCAGUUCAUCCAGCAGGCGGGGGCUGCCCUGCCCCCACCACGGCCGAACAGGGCCACCCCAGGCACACAGGAGCUUCUGCCUCCAGCCAGGGAAGAAUCCCUCUCAGAAGCCCCAAGUCCUGCCCUCACGCCCACUCUGAGCCCGGAGGUGGCCCCCAUGAAGCAGGACACCUGGAGGUAGCAGCACCCGCCUAAUGUAGCUGUCCACUGCAGCCCGGCCUGGAUGGCGGGAGAGUCGCGGCCAAGCGGGAAGCCUGUCCUGGGGCUGAGGUGCCACCCCUGAGCCCGGGGUUUCAGCCUUGGGGACGGGGAGGUUCCCCAGGACUUGCCGAGCCUGUGCAGCCCCCGAGAAGCAUGGCCAGCUUGGAACAGGCCAGGCCCGCAGGACACAGCGCGCUGCUGGGCACGGGAGACGGGGCACGUGCCCGCACAGCGGCCCCUCGCCUGACACUGAAACCUCAAUAAACUGGCCAGCAGGACUCGCGUGUGUCCUGAGGCUGCCCUGGACAGGGUCUGCAGGGCCAGAGCUCCUGAGUUGCCAGGGUGGCCACAGCCAGGGCUCCUGGGAAGGGGUUCUGGGGGCCAGUGACUCAGGCUCCCAGGGCUGCAGGUUUCUGGGGUUCUCUGCAGCCAAACUGGGGGUGUUGGCCUGGGGGCCCAAGCAGCUCUGACCUGCUUCUCACCAACAGCAGGAGCUGCUGCCCCUGGGGUGGCUCCUGGACGUGGAGCCUCCAGGAGGCCUAGACCCGCCUGGCAAGUU